CUAGAAAUAGGAAGAAAAACUAACAAACUGCUGUGUGUGAGUUCCACCCUCAGAGUCGAUGCUCUGCAGCGUUUCAUUGCAACACAGCAGCUUCUCCUGAGCCAAACAGUUAAAGAGAGAAGCAGCGAUGAGUUUUUCUGCAGCAGCAGCAACUGGGUUUGUUGUCCUGUUCCUCUCUGUGACAGUGGGAAAAGAUGAACCUGCCUGGUCAGUUAAAUAUGAUCCAUCUCAGAUCUGUGCCUUUAGAGGAUCAACAGUGACGAUAAAAUGCUCCUAUAAAUAUCCAUCCAGAAUACAAGGAAUAAAAACAGAAGUUAAAACAAGGUUCUGGUUCACUAAAGUAAAUAAUCGAGUCCCUGUGAAUCUGAUGAACGACUCUGACUAUAAAGAUCGAAUAACUUAUUAUUUUACAAAGAGCAGCAGCGUUCUGACAAUCAAAGAUCUGAAACAAAGAGACUCAGCAAAGUACAAGUUCAGGUUCAUAACAAACCAACCAGGUGGAGCAUUUACUGGAUCACCUGGAGUCACCUUGACUGUUCUAGAUCCAGACCUCAGAGUUCAGGUCAGAAGAUCAGAGACGCAGACGGAGCUGAAGUGUGAAAGCAGCUGUGAUCAAAUCAAACCUCCUUCAUAUGUUUGGUUCAACAAAGAGGAGAAAAUGAAGCAACAGACUUCUUCUAUAGUCGUCUCAGUCAGAGAUGGAGACAGAUAUUCCUGUUCUGUUAAAGGACACGACGAUCUCCGCUCUCCCUCUGUGUAUGCUCCAGAGUUUCUCUCUGCUAAACUGAUGUCCUCUGGUCAGAUAACUGAGGGACGUUCAGUGACUCUGAGCUGCAGCAGUGAUGCUAACCCAGCAGCUAAAUACACCUGGAGGAAGAAGAACAACCAAUCAGUUGUCAGUACAGACCAACAGUUUGUCCUCAGCUCCAUCCUGUCCUCAGACUCUGGACAGUAUUACUGCACAGCUCAGAACCAGCUGGGAGAGAAAACAUCUGGACUCGUCUCUGUCCAGGUCACAUAUGCUCCCAGGCCUCCCUCUGUGUCAGUGACUCCCUCUGGUCAAUCAAUGUCAACGACGAUCAUCAUCAAGCUGACUCUAUUCAUCCUGAUUUCUCUGCUCGUCCUGAUUAUUUCUUUAAGAACACUGAGAACUAUGAAAAUGAACAGAAAACUAACUGAACCAAUAGAAAUGGAGGUGAGAAGGACUAGUGAGGUCACAUAGUGAAUAUUCAUUGAUCUGAAUUUAACCAAUCAGCUCAGGAUUACAUGAUGACAUGUUUCUGUUUUUGGUUCAUUGUUGUUAUUCAGGUACUGUAAAUGCAUAUUUUAGAAAAAACAGCAGGUUUUAAACAAAACUAUGAAUGUGCAGUGCUGGAUUUCAACAAAAUAAAAAGUAGAAACAUGCAAACAUAAAAUCAGCAAACAACAACGAACCAAAUACUGUUUGUACAUAUUGAGUCUCUGAGUUAUAAAGACUGCAGGUAGUGAGAAGAAUUGUAAACUGUUAUGAAAUGUUAAAGAAUCACGACAAUACCAGCUUGUGCUGCAUAAAGAAGCUGAAAGGUCAGAGGUCAGCCCUCUGUCCUUCAGACUAUUUGGAUGCAGCUGCUUCAGUUCACGUCCAGCAGAGGUCACAGAGAAGAUUCACCUGGAACCAGUCAAGGUCAACCAUGGAGGAGUCAUGAACCCAGUUUACCACGACCCGUAACCAAGGAGACUGUUGAAGUGAAACCAGAAGAAGCAGAGAGGAAGUCCAUAUAAGGUUGUAACAGAGCGCAGCAUCAACACCUGCAGAGACUGUACUCUCCUACUGUAUUUUAAUAUCUUCAUAUCUAAUCCCUAAUUAUAUGUUGGUCAUGUUUAUCUGCUCAUAUUAAAGCUUAGAACGUUGAUAAAAAUAUGGUUUUGUUGGUUGUUGCUUUAAUUAAAGUUUGUUUUGAAGUGUU